GCCAAUCAGGCCGUUCUCGUAUUGAGCUAGCGCGAGGCUGUCUACAUAUGGAUAGAGAAGACAGGAGAAAGGCGAGACUGUAGGAUUCCAGAAUCCAGACUGACUUGACUGCUGCUUAUCAAUACAGAUACUGACCCAAUCAACCAAUUAACCAAUCAACGAGUUCCAGACCACAGCUAGGCCCCGCCCAGUGACCAGGAUGGCUAAAGGCACUCCAGGGAAGCCCAAAGGCAAGAUGUCCUCCUACGCCUACUUCGUUCAGACCUGCCGUGAGGAGCACAAGAAGAAGACCCCUGAGAUACCUGUCAACUUCGCUGAGUUCUCCAAGAAGUGCUCCGGAAGAUGGAAGACGAUGUCUGGUAAGGAGAAGGGGAAGUUUGACGACAUGGCGAAGCAGGAUAAGGUGCGUUACGACAACGAGAUGAUGCACUUCGCCCCUGGAGGCAAGAAGGGAAGGAAGAAGGACCCCAACGCACCAAAGAGGCCCUCCUCUGGUUUCUUCAUCUUCUGUGCGGACCACCGGCCCAAGAUCAAGGCCCAGCACCCCAGCCUGGGCAUCGGGGACGUGGCCAAGAAACUGGGGGAGCAAUGGAACAACCUGACUGAUGCCACCAAACAGCCCUACCUGAUCAAGGCCAACAAACUCAAAGACAAAUACCAGAAGGACGUUGCUGACUAUAAGUCCGGUAAGGGCAAAGUGGUAGUUCCGAGCAUGGCAAUGGCCCCAAAGCCCAUGACGAAGAGUAAUAUGGACGACGAUGAUGAUGACGACGAUGAGGAAGACGAGGAGGAGGAAGAUGAGGAGGAGGAUGACGAGUAGAUCGCCUGAGUUCUGUUUUGUGUUUUAUUAUGAUGGUGACGAUAAUGAUGAUGAUUAAGUCGUGCGUUUUCCUUUCCAGUUUGAAAUGCGAUUUGUAGGGUUAAGAAGAAACACAGGUGAUAUCUUAUUAUGUUCCUUAAUGACAUUGCUCUGCGCCCUUCCCUCCUUCAUUCAAUUCCCUCCUUCCACCUCUUUGUUGUUUUGACGUUGUCAUUAUGUUAAUUUUGUGUUACCUGCUUCUGUAAAGUUCUAUUUGUACAUUGUGUCAAGUUAAGAUGUUGAGACUGUACGUUACUAUGGCAACUGUGAUUGAACUCGAAGUAGACCCCUAAUACACCCCCCCCCCCCCCCAACAGCUGUGUGUGUGUGUCUGUGUGUGUGUGCUCGUGUGUGUGUGUGUGUGUUUGUGUUACCGUGUCCAUCUCACCAGCACUGUCCAGUGUCUUCCUCAAAACCCGCCUAGCAUUGUCUCUUUAACAGGCUCUAUAUCGAUUCAACGGAGAAGCAUUUAAAACCAGUGGUAGCAUUGUCUCUUUAACAGGCUCUAUAUCGAUUCAACGGAGAAGCAUUUAAAACCAGUGGUAGCAUUGCAGUAUAUAUAAACACCUUUUUGUUUCUGGGAUUCGUCCCAAAUUACACCCUAUUCCUUAUAUAGUGCACUACUUUUGACUAGGGCCUAUAAGGAAUCCCAUGGAGCUCUGGUUAAAAGUAGUGCACUAUAUAGGGAAUAGGGCGCCAUCUGGGACUUUGUUUUUAAAAAGAAUGUGCAAGGUGUUGUUUUACUGUAUAUGGUUGACUUAGACUUUAGUCCACGUUUUUUUUUUUUUUUAAUACAUUUGUAAUGAUUAUUUUUCUGAGGCCUCCAGAUGUAAGGUGAUUUCUGAUUGCACAUAUCUAGUAGGGGUGGUGUUGUUGUAUCUAGGUGGCUGUUUGUGUAGCUGUGUGUUGGUUGUUGCACCAGGAAGUGUUGCCAUGGUGAAACUAACUCCCAGUUCAACAGCCUCCCAUGUAAACGAACAGUAGUGGCUGGUUAGCUAGUGUAUGCUGGCCAACAGUCAUUUAAUACUAUGGUUCAGGGUCGUUUAGUAACUUCCACUACAGUCACAUUUUCACUUAGUCAUGCAUUGAUGUCAAUGGGAGACAAAGUGAACAUUUGACUUAAGUGAAAGUUAAGAUUCGCUCCUUUGAAACCGAGGAGGAUGGAAAACAUCCAAACAACAGUAUAUAAUGGAAACUAUAAUUUCCUUUUUGGCUAAGUGCAUUUUAACCGUUCGUUGUUGUAAGAUCUCUCAUGAUGAAAAAUAAAAAACGACACUGAGUGAAAAAGCACGACUAUUGAAGAAAAUAAACCUGUACUUAUCUGUAUCUAAGAUUUUUUCUUUUUUGUAUGUUUAGAAAAAGCUAUGUUUGGAAUUAUUAUUAAAGUAUGACAUUUUUACACGUGG